AUAAUAUCUUUAUGCCUUUCAUUUUAUUAUCUUUCAGUUCAAGCUUCCACUAACCUUCCAAGUGACCAAAGUCCGUGUCAUUUUACUCUUUCUUUAUUCACUCUUUCUAUUACACUCAAUUACUCUCAAUUUAUAUAUAAAGCCUAGUUACACUAUCAAAACCCCACCUUCACACAACAAAAAGCCCCUUAGACUAUUGAAAAAUAAAACAAAACCAACUUUCCCUUUCACUCAUGGCUUCUUCUUCUUCCUAUCUGACUAUCUCCCCAAGAAAGCUUCGUUCAGAUUUGUAUUCCUACUCCUACCAGGAGGAUUCUAGCACCCCAUUAGUGAUAAAUGUUCUGGCUUCGCUGAUUGAGAGGAGCAUGGCCAGAACAGAGAGGAUCGUGAAGAAUGGUUCUUGUUCUUUAUCCAAGGCCAUCAGUACAAACAUCUUUUACUGCAGGGAUAUCCCAGACAUGACAAUCCAAUCCUAUCUAGAGAGAAUUUUCAGGUACACUCGUGCAAUACCCUCGGUGUAUGUUGUGGCCUAUGUUUACAUUGACAGGUUUUGCCAUAACAACCCAGGAUUCAGAAUCAAUCCUAGAAAUGUUCAUAGGCUUCUCAUUACAACAAUCAUGUUGGCCUCCAAGUAUGUUGAAGACAUGAAUUAUAGAAAUUCCUACUUUGGAAAAGUUGGUGGGUUAACAACUGACGAGCUGAACAAGCUGGAACUGGAAUUCCUUUUCUUGAUGGAUUUCAAAUUGCAUGUAAAUGUGAGUGUUUUUGAGAGCUAUUGCUGCCAUUUAGAGAGGGAAGUCAGCAUUGGAGGAGGGUACCACAUCGAGAGGACCCUGAGGUGUGCAGAAGAAAUCAAGCAAGGCAUAGAGGAGAAGGGUUUCACACACAUUGCUCGUGUGAUGUCGUAACCUUAGAAGUUUUGGUUUGGUGUGGAAGGUUUCCUUUGGCCUGCAAAUAAAGAAAGGCUGUUUAUGUGUACAAAUCGUUAUAAUACAAAUCUAAAUGUUUGUUGUGGUAAUUGAAGUUAGGAUAACGAGAGAUGAAAGCUAAAGCUUGAAAAAUGUACAAAUUUGUUUGGUUUCUUCACUGUUUAAACACUGAAUUUUCUAUCCCCAAUUUUUUUUUUUUGUGGGUA